AAGGAUGUUGCUGAGAAGCUUAUCAUGAAAGGAGCCAAAGUUGAUAUCAAAGAUGGCCAUGGGCGGACAGUUCUUCAUUAUGCUGCCAUGAAGGGUCUCAAGGAUGUCGUUGAAAAAAUCAUCGCGAAAGGAGCCAAUCUUGAUUUGGGAGACUGCCAUAACAAGACACCUCUUCAUUAUGCUGCUAUGAAUGGUCACAAGGAUAUCAUUGAUAUGCUCAUCAGCAAUGGAGCUAAAGUUGAUCCCAGAGACAGCCGUCUGCGGCCACCUCUUCAUUUAGCUGCUGAGAAUGGUCAAACAAAAGUUGUUGAAAUGCUCAUAAAGAAAGGAGCCAAAGUUAAUGCUACAGACGAUGCUAUAGACGCUUUUAAACGCACACCUCUCCAUUAUGCUGCUAUGAAUGGUCAUGAGGACAUCGUUGAAAAGCUAAUCAAAGGAGGAACCAAUGUUGAUUUUGAAGAUGAAAAUGAUCAGACACCUCUCCAUUAUGCUGCUAUGAAUGGUCACAAGGAUAUCAUUGAUAUGCUCAUCAGCAAUGGAGCUAAAGUUGAUCCCAGAGACAGCCGUCUGCGGACACCUCUUCAUUUAGCUGCUGGGAAUGGUCAAACAAAAGUUGUUGAAAUGCUCGUAAAGAAAGGAGCCAAAGUUGAUGCUACAGACGAUGCUAUAGACGCUUUUAAACGCACACCUCUCCAUUAUGCUGCUAUGAAUGGUCGCAAGGAUAUCAUUGAUAUGCUCAUCAGCAAUGGAGCUAAAGUUGAUCCCAGAGACAGCCGUCUGCGGACACCUCUUCAUUUAGCUGCUGAGAAUGGUAGUGAUGAUGUCGUUGAAGAGCUCAUCAAGAGAGGAUCCGAUCUCACUGCCAUAGACAUAUCUGAGAAGACACCUCUUCUUCUAGCUGUUAUGAAUGUAAACGAUAAAUGCGCGAAAGGUCAAUUGGAGACCGUUAGAAAGCUCAUCAAGAACGGAGCCAGUGUUGAUUCGACGGACAGACUUGAGCGGAAUCCACUUCACUAUGCUGCUAUGAAUGGUUGUUGAAUAUACAGUCAGUCAAAAAAGUAUUCGGCCACUUGAAUUUUUUUUUUAUUUUUGGAUUUUUUCGUGUUAUAAAUGACAAAAACCGAACUAUUUUCUAUCUAUUUGUUAAGUUUAUAAUCUGUUCUUAUAAAUUCAGGCCGAUUCCGGAAAUAUUUAACAUAAUUUUUGCCUUUUCUGUAGCCAUGUUUGUCGAGAGGUCGAAAUUGUGCGCAAAAAAAGUAUUCGGCCAUACAGAUUUAUUUGAGAAUUUCUACAAAAUUUUCUAUGAAAUAUCAACAUAGACGCUGCAAAACGAUGAAUUACUAAUAUUUACAGUGAUUUCAAGCCAUUUCACGAGUUUUCAAACAUCAUUGUGUCAGCUGCAGGGUGAAAUUUGGCCGAAUGGUA